AUGUUGAAAAUUGCCGAGAAGCAAGUAACGAUGUUUUGGGAUACAUGGUUACGUCAUAUCCCACCUCAAUUAUUGUUACCUAACAAAUGGUUUAGAGCUAGAGAUAACCUUAAAGAAGGGAAUUUUGUUAUUAAUCUUCAACCUGGGUUAAAACGUGGAACACUGCGAAGGGGAUUGUGGAAGAAGGGAAUCGUCCGUGAAGUUCAGUCAAGCCAAGACAACUCAGUCCGAAUUGUAACUAUACGGGAGAGCGCGGGAAACUUAUACAAGAGACCUAUUCACAAACUAUGUUUGAUUGCAACCAAAGAGGAACUUGAAAGUGGACUCCUAGGUUAG